AUGGGGGAAAUUGCGGUGAAAAAGCUUUCUCAUAGCUCAAAUCAAGGGAAGAAGGAGUUUACAAAUGAAGCAAAGUUACUGGCACGUGUACAGCACCGGAAUGUUGUAAAUUUGUUGGGGUACUGUGCUCAUGGAGCAGAAAAAUUGCUAGUUUAUGAGUAUGUCCCCAAUGAGAGCCUUGACAAGCUUCUGUUCAAAUCAAUAGUAAGAAGGAGUUGCUUGACUGGAAGGAGGUUUGACAUCAUUGCAGGCAUUGCCCGUGGCUUGCUUUACCUGCAUGAGGACUCGCACAGCUGCAUCAUUCACCGUGACAUCAAGGCAAGCAACAUACUCCUUGACGACAAGUGGGCCCCGAAAAUCGCGGACUUCGGGAUGGCCCGCCUCUUCCCGGAAGGCGAAACACCACGUCAACACACUGGGUAUAUGGCUCCAGAAUAUGUGAUGCAUGGAAGCUUGUCAAAGGCAGCGGACGUAUAUAGCUUUGGUGUGGUGGUUCUUGAGUUGAUCACUGGACAAAGGAACAGCUCCUUUAAUUUGGACGUUGAUGCACAAAAUAUGCUUGAUUGGGCAUACAAAAUGUACAAGAAAAGGGAAAAGCUUGGGAUUGUGGACACAGCAUUGGCAUCCUCAGCAUCCGCGGAUCAAGUGGCCAUGUGCAUCAAAUAGGGCUUUUGUGUACACAGGCGAUCCACA